UAGGGUCGGCAACGCGCAUGUAACUCAUCUGGAGUUGCAGGCGUACAUAGGCUACUAAAAAAAAUAAAAAAAUGAGGGGAUAAACAACAACAUUGCCCCCUUGUAAAAAAAAACAAAAAACUAUUAUACGGUAAUUCUGUAACUGGUUAGUCCGCAAUCCUUUCAGAGUACGUAGACAACGUGCCAAUCGUUAACGCUCCGGAGCGAACGAAACGCAACUGCCACUAUCGCACUAUAUGGAAAAUAGACAGCUGGUUCCCCGGACCAGGUAAUGCCGGAUUUAGAGGUCUGGAGGCCUCGGGCAAUAAAGGAGUGGAGGCCCCCUGGCCCCAAAUUUUUUUUCAAAUAAAAGUACAUUUUUCGAAGUCUCUAUAGUAGCCCCGGUUGCCCUCCCUUAAAUCCAGCCCUGGGACCAGGUAGCAUGCGUAAACGCAUUUCCCCAAACUUAAUUAAAAAAGUAAGUUACCGACUUAAGUAUACAUUUAUUUAUAGCAACCGUAUGACGUGUAAUGGGUAUGUGUAGUUUUUUGAAAAAAUAAAUAAAUACUAUGGGACAAUCUUACUCAAUUCAACCGACAACGCAUUGCAUCGCAACAAUAGUACGAUAAAAUACUGGUAACAAUGAUUACACUUUUCACUAUAGCUUUAAGUCUCAGUUGUGCAUUAAAUAAUGUUUAGCGGUCUGAGGAAUUUGCACACGAACAAUAACAAUUACCAAGUAAUUUGAGGAAGGUGUCAGUUUAAGUAAUACGAUUAAGUGCGGCCGGGGUGUUACACCGAAGUCGACGAAUUGUGUCAUAAUCAGAAUCAUGUAUUCUGGAAUAUUUAUUUUUUGUGGAAUCCUCGUACUCGUUAACACUUAUCCGGCAGUUGUUUAUGACUACUACAAUCCUAAUACCAGAGAUGUAGAAGAUAUAGAAUUUCGUGACAACUAUCAGAGUUCUGACUUGCAGAGUCCGUGUUUACGAUCUCACAAUGGUGAUGUGAAGUGCUUUUUUUAUAACGAGGUGCCUGAAAAUAUACCUGAAACACCUGAUUAUUCGUUGAUACCAGAGAACCCAAUAGAAUUAGCUGGAAGACAAUUAGACCAAGAUUCUAUUUAUGAAGAAAAUAAUUUGGUAAAUCCAGCAGCAGAACUUCUGCAACAUAAUCCUAACUACAACGUUUAUAACUACGAAAGCUCUCCAAUACGUACGUACAUUCACGGUUUGGUUCCGCAACAUACUUCAGCUUACUAUGGAGAUGUAUAUCCAGCUGUAAAUCCAAUGCCUUUUAACCGUCUUGCGAGGAGAGCUACAAGCUACGAAGAGUUCUUGGCUCAGCUGUCGCAUGACGCUCAGAUGAACAAUAUUCUGCCAACAAUGUCUUUCCUGAGGACAGCGGGGCCUCAUUAUUACGCACCAUAUGGCAGCGGCUCAGCACCACUCCAGGCUUCUUUCCCUCAGGCUGUUGGGGGCUGUUCAAGGCCACUGCUUUUUGGCUGCUCCCCGAUUAUUUACCAAGGAGUUAUGGCACAUAAGGGAUAUGCAUAUCCACCUGCAGUACAAGUAUUAAACCCAAUCUCAUACAAGGAAUCGCUGCGGAACCAGAAAGUAAUUCGGAAUAAAGUUAAACCUCCAGCUGAUAAAAUUAAGAAUGAUCAUCGUGAAGUUUUGAAAGAGCCUGUUCCUGAAGAUUUUAUUGCCAAUUAAAGAAACUUCUAGGAUAAUAAUGGGUUAUGUAAGAAUAUUAUAUUUAACAAACCAAGUGAUAAUUUACUUAAUGUGCACUACUUAUUUAUUUAAAUCAAAUAAAAAAUAAAUAAAAAUAAAAAUAAUAAUAAUCAAA